ACAGUGCCACUGAGCUAUAUCCCCCACCGGUUGUGGUUUUGAAGAAUUGGUGCAUUUUAUCUCAGUUAUCAAAAGGAUGGUUGUGGAGUUGUUCGUAGUAUUCUCUUAUCAUUCUUCCAGUGUAUGAGUGGGAGGGUGUGGGUGCGACACUAAGGAUUGCACGCAGGGCCCUCACAAGUGCUUGGCAAGUGUUGUGUCACUGAGCUAAAUCCUCAGACAGGUUUUGCAUCGUUUCACAGGGUUCACAACUCUGGAAGCCAAUGUGCAUGUCCAACUUCCGCUCUACAGUAACAAGGUCACCUGCUCCCGCUCAGACUCCUCCCGCGAUGGCAGCUACAAGUCACUAAGCAGCCCAUUACACUAGUGCUGCACAAGGUCCUCGUAUUAAACAAAGUGCUGUACUUUGUGAUGUCUGCCCACGGUGGCAGAACUUGAGCUACCAAGUUCUCCACAGCAAAUCAGAAAAAUCAAGAGAGAGCUUUCUGCUCAUCCACUCCCUUCUGCGUGUGGGAGACCACGUCUCUGGAGACUGUCGUUAACCUGUAAAUGAAAAUCGUUUACGAGGGACAGAUGUGGCUGAUCGGGUGUGCAAAUUAUUUUUCAGUUGCAAACACAUGCUUUCUCUCGCCCCACAGGCCAAACGCCUAAAUAAAAAUGCUGAAUUACAAACAAGCACCACGGACGGCUGUGGGUCUGCGCGGCUCUGAGUCUCACACAGGAGAGGCGCUGCGCGCAGUGACAGAAUCGCAUUGGCGUGGGGAAAGCAGGCGUUAUGAAUCAGAACACUGGAGCAGUGUGCUACCUCUCCUCCAGCUACCUGUGCCCUGCUGAGCAAGUCCGCCUCUGGAGCCUUCCCCUGCCAGAUGCGACAACCCGACCUCGCUGAGUCGUCCAAGCUUCCAGCUUCGCGAGACCUGGUCCUGUAGACGGAAGGAGCCUGGACAGUGACACAUGCUCAAAGGCCCUGCAGCACCGCCAUGGCUCAUGACGACUCCGAGAAGAAAGAAGAUUGCUUUGAUGGUGAUCACGGCUUCGAGGAUCUAGGACUUGCAGCUGGCCGAAGCCAACGAGAAAAGAGGCGCUCUUACAAAGAUUUCUUAAGGGAAGAGGAAGAGAUCGCUGCUCAGGUCAGGAAUUCUUCCAAGAAGAAGUUGAAGUUGCAGGAUACUGAGCUGUGCUUCUUGGGGACGGACGUGCACAGGAAGAAGAGGAAGCGCUCCCCUGAUGACUCCCACUAUGGAGAUAUUUCUUCUCUGGAAUCGGCACAAAAGAAAAAGAAAAGGUCCAGCUCGCAGGCUGCCGACACAGCUAUGGACCUGUUGAAAGCGAUCACUUCCCCACUGGCAGCAGGUGCCCAUCCCCCCAGAAAGGCAGGGGAGAAGUCCUCUGGCUCCUCCGGACACGGGGGCCACUCGAGCCACUCGGAGAGUAGGCGGGAGCACCACAGGAGGAAAGGCAGCGGGGAGCUCCCUCUGGAGGAUGGCAGCUCCCACACAUCCAAGAGAAUGAAGCCACUCUACGCGAACACGGAGACCCUGACCCUGCGUGAGCCUGAUGGCUUGAAGAUGAAACUGAUUCUGGCACCAAAGGAGAAGGGCAGCAGCCCCGUCGAGGAGGAUUCUCUCCAGUACCCUUCUCAACAAGCCGCUGUGAAAAAGUCUUCUAGGAAGUCGGCUCGGGAUGAGCACGGUGCUUUCCUCCUAGGACGUGAGUUACAGAGCUUUCUGAAAACGGCCCGGAAGAAGCACAAGUCAUCCUCAGACCCGUGCUCCUCUCCUGGCCCUGAAGGCUGUGACAGGUCAGAUGCUGCCCGCUUCCCAGAACCCCAGGGGGAUAACCUUGACCUUUCAGGGCUCGAACCAAUUCUAGUGGAGUCAGACUCAUCCUCCGGUGGGGAGCUGGAGGCAGGCGAGUUGGUGAUAGACGAUUCUUACCGGGAAAUCAAGAAGAAAAAGAAGUCAAAGAAGAGCAAGAAAAAGAAAGACAAGGAGAAGCAUAAAGAGAAGAGGCACUCCAAGUCCAGGAGAAGCUCGGGGCUGCCUGCUGCUGCUGUGGGAGACAUCACGGUGACGCCGGGUCCCCCUCCCAGCAUGCCCUACCCUGGGGCUGCUGCUGCUUCUGCCCCUCCACCUCUCAGCCUCCAGACAGAUGGGCAUGGAGAGAAGAAGAAGAGAAAAGAGGAGAAGGACAGAGAGAGAGAGAGGGGAGAAAAGCCAAAAAAGAAGAACGUGUCGGCCUACCAGGUGUUCUGUAAAGAGUACCGUGCAACCAUCGUGGCUGACCACCCAGGGAUCGAUUUUGGGGAACUCAGUAAAAAACUGGCUGAAGUGUGGAAGCAAUUGCCAGAAAAGGACAAGCUGAUUUGGAAGCAGAAAGCCCAGUAUCUGCAGCACAAACAGAACAAAGCAGAAGCUACAACUGUGAAGAGAAAAGUGUCUGCCUCAGAAGGCUCUGUGAAAGUCAAAGCUCCUUCUACAGGAGUCCUGUUGCCCCAAAAGAAAUCCCCACCCACCACCGUGUUGUUACCGACAUCACCAUCCAGAGCUCCUGAGACAGAGCCCAUUGACGUAGCUGCACACCUUCAGCUGCUGGGGGAGUCCCUGAGCCUCAUCGGACACCGCCUGCAGGAGACAGAGGGCAUGGUGGCUGUAUCUGGCAGUUUGUCUGUGCUUCUGGAUUCUAUCAUCUGUGCUCUUGGGCCCCUGGCGUGUCUGACCACACAGCUACCUGAGCUGAAUGGCUGUCCCAAGCAGGUCUUGUCAAACACCCUAGACAACGUUGCUUACAUCAUGCCUGGACUGUGACAGCCAAGAACCCUGGGACGGAACCCACCCGGCCUCUUUGCUGGUUUGUGUAUAUAUCACUGUUGCAGACCCCUGCAUUGGCCUCAGGGUGUGGGUUUGAAACUUCUAUAUCUAUAUAUUAUAUGUGUGUAUAUAUAUAUAAAAUGUACAGUAUAUACAUAGGACUGUAACUACUUUGCUUUAGUAAUUUUAUGAAAUGGCAAAGGUGUAGCCAAAGGAAACUUUGGCAGGAAUAGGGGCUUGGGAUUCUGUAUUCUCUUGUGGUGGAUCAAUCUGCCUUAGAAAUCAGUGUCACUUGGGGCUGGGGGCUUGUUCCGGGUGCCGAGCAGCACCUCCUUAUAGACAGCGAAAGUGUGAUUUUUUUUUCCAAAUCAGUUGUACCUCCAGACCCAUCACUGACCAUUUGCCUUACCUGUCUUAUAGUCAGAAAUGUAAUAAGAAAGAUGAUGGGAGAUGCCAGCUGACCAGAAGUGACCUCAGUGGGAAGUGACAGUGUCAUGCCCGCUGUAGCUAUCGAGAUAGCUUCGGUGGACUGAGGAGGGGUCGUCCCAUGCCCUACGACAGAGGUGUCCACAUCUCAAAACUUACUGCAAUCAGUGAUACCACUGGCAGGCUCGGGAGAGGCUAAGCAGUUAGUGAUUCCUGGCAGUGAUAGAUCCCUGAGGAUGGAGCUGUCAGGGCCUCAGCUGGAGCUGCUGGUGUUCCAAGCUGACCCAUGGUAUUCAUCUGUAAAGAGAGCUGCUGUCUCUCACUGGCGGUGCUAGAUUGACCACCAAGUCCCACAGAUUCUGCUGCUUAGGUUCCUGGUGGUUAUGGAAGACAAAUGUUGCCCCAUGUGGUUCUUGAGUUCACCUUAUUGGUUCCCCUGUGGGCAGAUAAAGCGCUCUGCAUUCCAUUCCACAUGUGAGUGAAUUGCAAAAAAGACUUGAUUCUCAUGUAGGUUUAUUUAUAUGUGUGUGUGAAUGUGUAUUUUAAUUAUGUGUAUUUAACUCUAAAUUCCUUAGAUUUUUAAUUUAUGGUGUAAAUUUCUGUAUAUAUAAUUUAAUAACAAAAGCCUCCACCAGCAGCAGCGUGUGGAAGAUACAGAUUGGUCACUUCUCCCUUCCUUCCUUCCUCUGGUCUGUUCUGAAAAUGCGAAAUCAUAUAUACUUUAAGGUCUCGUAUCAAAAAGGAAUCAUUAUAUUGGGGAUCUAAUUCUUUAGAAAGAACUUCAAAGCCUUCAAUAAUGUCAAAAAAGUGAAAUAAAAAAAAUAUUACCAUUUCCCCGCUGCCCUUAUUUCCAAAAAGCCAGAUCUGUCUCGGGUGGAAAGAAGACAGUAGAUGGUUUUAAAUGUGGUGAUUCCCUGCCUGGGCACUGUGAGGCUCUGGGGACAGUGCAGCCAGCAGCAUGCUGCACGGCUCCUCCCUGCCCUAGCCAGUGUUGUCACUGAGCUGUGCUCCUCAAAGGCCCUCUGGCCACUGAACCCUCAGCUCAGAGCAGUUUUGCAGUUUAAUCAAGGAAACAGGAACGUUGGGAACUGAAAUCCUAUCUGAACAUUAGGAGAACAGAAAUGUUAGCUUGCCUGUGUCAGAACCUCAUCGGUCCCCAGGGAAGCUUCCUGUGUGAUGCGUGACAGGGCAGCAGCAGUGCCACAGGAGUCGGGCCUACAGCUUCGUCUCAUCCAGUAACAUGUUCACGGGGCGUGCUUCUGUGUCUCGCUGCCAGGUGCCUCUGACCCACCCAUGGCACACGUGUGACUGUCCACCCAAGGGGGCAGUCGUGCAUGUGUGUACGCUCAGUGGGUCAAGGCAGCAGGAACGUGUUCAGGAGAUCCUAAGGAGAACCUGAUUUUUUUGGUUUUUGUUUUUGCUUUUCCUUUGAAACCCAGCCCUACUAUAUUUGUAUUUAAGAUUUGUACACAUUUGUAUGGUAAUCUGUCUCUUGUGUUAUUUGGUACUUAAUAGAGGAAAAACUUUGGAUUCAGACCUUCUUGCAGUUUUUAUAUCAUUGUUUUAUUUUGUUUUUUAAAUUCCAGUGGUUUGACCCAAAUGCCAUUAUGAUUGUAUAAAGAAAUAAAAUUUUGUACUUAUAUUAAAAAUCACAUUUUUAA